AUGAAUAACUGCAAAACGGCUGCAACACCAAUCGAAAAUGGAUUACAUUUGCAGAAUGAUGAUGGCAAUAAUUUAUCUAGUCAGCCAUAUAGAGAACUCAUUGGAUGCUUAACAUAUGCUACUCAAACAACUCGACCAGAUUUAUGUGCAUCGACAAACUAUUUUAGUAGAUUUGAAUACUGCUUUACAGAUGAACACUUUAUGUAUGCAAAACGUAUUUUAAGGUACAUACAGGGAACAUCUGAUAUGAAAAUGGUUUAUCGUCGUGAUUCUGAGGCUGAUAUUUUGACUGGAUACGCCGAUUCUGACUGGGCUGGUGAUAAGAACGAUCGCAAAUCAACAUCGGGAUAUGUAUUCAAGGUCUUUGGGAAUACAGUAAGUUGGUUAUCACAAAAGCAACCAACUAUUAGCCUGUCAUCAACUGAAGCUGAGUAUUUGGCAUUAGCAAAAUGUAUUUGUGAGGCAAAAUGGUUGCGCUGUCUUUUAAAAGAAAUUGGACAUCCUUGCAAUUCACCAACAACAAUAUUUGAAGACAAUCAAGCGUGCAUCAAGGUAGCUGAAGAAUCACGUGAUCAUAAAAGAAUGAAACAUAUUGAUGUGAAAUACAACUUCAUUCGAGAAUCUAUUGUUAACAACACAACAAAGGGAACCCAUCAGGCCAAAGAUGGCAUUCUAUAA